CACGCAGGGCCGAAGCGGUGGGGCCACAUCCUUUAAAUAAGGUCUUUCCAGGGUCCCCGCAUCUAUGUGAAGAUUGAGGUGAAGUGUUGCGGCCGGGGCCUUGGCCGGAGCUACGGCGAACCACGAGGUGAGUGUAGAUUCUGAAGGGAUUCUGCCUCAGCUGGAGCCUAUACUGCCAGGCAGCAGCUUUGUGAGCAGAAACCUAGGAAUGAGCUCCAGUGUGGCAAUGGGUGAACCAAGACUGAACUGGGAUGUUUCCCCAAAAAAUGGCCUUAAGACAUUUUUCUCUCGAGAAAAUUAUAAAGAUCAUUCCAUGGCUCCAAGUUUAAAAGAGCUGUGUGUUUUAUCUAACAGACGUAUAGGAGAAAAUUUGAAUGCCUCAGCAAGUUCUGUGGAAAAUGAGCCGGCAGUUAGUUCAGCAGCUCAAGCAAAGGAAAAAGUUAAAAUCACAGUUGGAAUGGUUCUUCUUCCAAAACCAAGAGUUCCCUAUCCUCGUUUCUCUCGUUUCUCACAGAAAGAACAGAGGAGUUAUGUGGACUUGUUGGUUAAGUAUGCAAAAAUUACUACAAAUUCCAAAGCUGUUGGAAUAAAUAAAAAUGACUAUUUGCAGUACUUGGAUAUGAAAAAACAUGUGAACGAAGAAGUUAAUGAAUUCCUAAAGUUCUUGCAGAAUUCUGCAAAGAAAUGUGCACAGGAUUAUGAUAUGCUUUCUGAUGAUGCUCGCCUCUUCACAGAGCAAAUUUUAAGAGCUUGCAUUGAACAAGUGAAAAAAUAUCCAGAAUUCUAUACUCUCCAUGAAGUUUCCAGCUUAAUGGGAUUCUUCCCAUUUAGGACAGAAAUGGGAUUGAAGCUAGAAAAAACUCUUCUUGCAUUGGGCAACGUAAAAUAUGUGAAAACAGUUUUUCCCUCAAUGCCUGCAAAGUUGCAGCUCUCAAAAGAUAGCAUAUCUACCCUUGAAACACCAGAACAAACAGCUGCAGCUAUGCAUGAUGAUAUUAGUAAGGAUCCAAAUGCAGAGAAGCUUGUUUCAAGAUAUCACCCUCAGAUAGCUCUAACUAGUCAAUCAUUAUUUACCUUAUUGAAUAAUCAUGGACCAAACUACAAGGAGCAAUGGGAAAUUCCAGUGUGUAUUCAAGUAAUACCUGUUGCAGGUUCGAAGCCAGUUAAAAUAAUUUAUAUUAAUUCACCACUUCCUCAAAAGAAAAUGACAAUGAGAGAGAGAAAUCAAAUCUUCCAUGAAUUUCCAUUAAAAUUCAUGAUGUCCAAAAGCUCAUCUGUUCCCGUCUCUGCAGUAUUUAUGGACAAGCCUGAAGAAUAUGUAUCUGAAAUGGAUGUGUCUUAUGAAGUUAAUGAAUGCCGAAGAAUUGAGACUCUUGAAAAUUUGGAUCUGGAUUUUGAUGAUGACGUCACAGAACUUGAAACUUUUGGAGUAAGCACCACCAAAUCAUCAAAGUCACCAAGUCCAGCAAGUACUUCCACAGUACCCGACAUGGCAGAUACUCCCAUAACCUCCAAAGUUGCAGCUACACCCAUGGCACCAACUGCAUCAGACAUUUCUGCUAAUUCUAGAAGUUUAUCUCAGAUUCUGAUGGAACAACUGCAAAAGGAGAAACAGCUGGUGACUGGUAUAGAUGGAGGCCCUGAAGAAUUCAAAAAGAAAGAUGAUCAGGGAUUUGUACCAUGUAGUGAUAAGGCAUCAAAUUCUGACAAGUCUUUGUUGCAAGGUAGUGAAUUGAACACUUCUGCUGCUUUACAGUUGGAAGGUAUUAAGGCACAGGAAAUUGAAACCUCCAAUAAAAAUGAUAUGGCUACUGAUAAAGUAUAUGCUGAUGAAAGAACAAAUAUUCUAUGGAACACAGACAAUUCAAAGGAAAAGACUGUUAUAUCAGAAGCAGCUAAAGCUGAAGAUGUAAUUCUUUGCCAUAGUGAUACAGAUGAAGACUGUUUAAUCAUUGAUACAGAGUGUAAAAAUAAUGGUAAUGGAAAGACAGCUGUUGUGUGUUCUAAUUUAAGUUCUAAACUAGCUAGCCCAAAUUCUUCCUCAGGCCAGGCUUCUGUAGAAAACCAGACUAAUACUACUUGUUGUCCUGAAGAGUCAUGUGUUUUAAAAAAGCCUAUCAAAAGAGUAUAUAAAAAAUUUGAUCCAGUUGGAGAAAUUUUGAAAAUGCAGGAUGAACUCUUAAAGCCAAUUUCCAAAAAAGUGCCUGAAUUGCCCUUAAUGAAUUUAGAAAAUUCUAAACAACCUCCCACUUCUGAGCAAUCCACUACUCCUUCAGAUGCCUCAAGUUGGCCAAAGUUUGUAUGGCCUACUGCGUUUCAGAAACCAAAAGGACGAUUGCCAUAUGAACUUCAGGACCAUGUUGAAGAUACAUCGGAAUAUCUAGCUCCUCAAGAAGGAAAUUUUGUUUAUAAGUUAUUUAGCCUGCAGGAUCUGUUGUUGCUCGUGCGUUGCAGCGUCCAGAGGAUAGAGACAAGACCACGUUCUAAAAAACGGAAGAAAAUCAGAAGACAAUUUCCAGUUUAUGUAUUGCCAAAAGUGGAGUAUCAAGCUUGUUAUGGAGUUGAAGCUCUGACUGAAAGUGAACUUUGUCGCUUAUGGACUGAAAGUUUAUUGCAUUCCAACUGCUCAUUUUAUGUUGGGCAUAUUGAUGCAUUUACUUCAAAGCUAUUCCUGCUUGAAGAAAUUACCUCAGAAGAAUUAAAAGAAAAGCUUUCAGCCCUCAAGAUUUCAAGUUUAUUUAACAUCCUCCAACACAUCCUAAAGAAAUUAAGUAGCUUGCAGGAAGGUUCCUACUUGUUGUCUCAUGCAGCAGAAGAUUCUUCACUACUAAUCUACAAGAGCUCUGAUGGAAAAGUCACUAGGACAGCAUACAAUUUGCAUAAAACACAUUGCAUCCCUCCUGGUAUACCUUCCAGUCUCUCAGUUCCCUGGGUCCCUUUAGAUCCAAGUCUCUUAUUACCAUAUCAUAUCCAUCAUGGAAGAAUACCUUGUACUUUCCCACCUAAAUCAAUAGGUCCUACAACACAACAAAAGGUUGGUGGAACAAGAAUGCCUACACGCAGCCGCAGGAAUCUAGUUUCCAUGGAAACCAAAAGCAGUUGCUUGCCUGCUCAGCAAGUUGAAAAUGAAGGAGUGGCUCCAAAUAAAAGAAAAAUAACUUAAGGACUGUACCAUGGAAAAUGAAAUUUCAGAAAACCAUUUACAACAAUGUUUAGUUUAGAAAAGCUGGAGGGGAAAUCUGCCUAAAAGAUCAGUUUGCAAGAAGAAAAAUUUUCUUUUAGUAUCCUAAGUUUACAGAGUGCCUUGAAAAAAAUAUAUGGGCCAUGUGAAAGAAUGUUGGAACUAUAAUGAAAUGUUUGCUCCGAACCCUAGGUGUUUGAAGAGAAUCUACAUAUAUUUUAACAUUAUCAUGGCAGGGAAAAUACAUGAGGAAGAAAACAAUAUUUUUAUACUAGACCUUUCUAAAAAUUGUAAAUAGGAAACCAAUUUGCUUUUUUCAAAACAUUUACCACUAUAUAAUAUGUUAGUAAUUUGAGUUGUAUCUCUGUUGACACUGACUCAAAUGGUUAAAUCUUAGCACUGUCAGAGAUAAUUUUGAGCAAUGUAAGUCAUUUUUCUUACGCAUUGGAAGAAUUUUUAUAUUCUACUUUAAAAUGAGGAUUAUUGCAGGUUAAUGAAGUUAACUUAGAAAACUUGGUGAAAUUACAUUGCAGAUAUCAGAAAUAAAAAUAAAAAGUAAAAAAAACAAAAACAAAACAAAACCCACAUGAAGUCACAAAUUACGUAUUCUUCUUAGGCAGCCAUGAGUUUUUUGUUUUGUUUCGUUUUGUUUUAAACUAAAACAGGUUCGGUGACAAACACCUCUACCUCUUGGCACAAAUUCCAGCUGAGUGUUGAAAUAUACUAGUGAAAGGAAAGAGAUGAGUAUGUUUUCUGGAAAAAUCUCACCCAGUCCAACUGACAAGUCAAUGUGUGGUAAAGCAUAAGCUACUUUUUCUUCAUCUAUGUUGAUUGAUUUAAAUUUUCUGGGAUCAUAUUUUAAAGAAAUGAAUUUGAAAAAAAGGCAUGAUCAGUUGAUGUUACAGAAACCAGUUUGGACUUAAGAAGGGACAAACUUGUUUAAUUUUGCAGCUCUGUUAUUUAAUGUGCCCUAAAAUACUCACAAAUAUAUAUGUAAUUUGUAAAAUACAAGCUUUCCAGCUUUGUUUGGGUUUUUUUUUUUUUUAUGUGUUAAUAUAAGAAAGUAAGUUGAAAAAGAUUCUCAACAGUUUAAAUACGUUAUAAUAACAGUAAUAAAUAACAGUUGAGAAUUUUUAUCUUCAACUACCAAGUUUUGUUUUAUUAUGUUCUUGUCGGUUAUAUUUUUAAUUACUUUAUUAUUUAAUCAGUAAUGAUUAGUUAUGUUUUUUGUCUAUGUUAAAAUAUCAUUUACUUGUCCUGCAUUUUUUUAAAUGAUUAAGCUUUUCUUUUUUAGUGAAUUCAAUCAUAGUUUUUAAAACUUUAUUUAAGUCACUUUUCCACAGAUUCCACAAAUAUUUCAGUUAUGAAUCAUUUGGCAGUGAAUCAAGGGAGGGCUGGGAAGGAUUCCUUUGGAAUUGGCUCUUUUUAAAAAGCUGGACAAUGACUGCUUCAGCUUUCUGUAUACCAAAAUGUCUUGGCUUUCAUAUCUUUAAUAUUACCUUUUAUAUAGCAAAAUGCGUGGUCUUGCAAGUAAUUAUUUUGAAAUUAUCUUAAUUGAUAAUAUAUAUAGUCAGUAUAUAUCCUUGUGCUUAGUCAUGCAUAUUUAUAAUAUAUAUUUGGUCAUGUUUUGUAUUCUUUUUCUUCCUUUUUAAUACUAAGAAUAUAUAUAUGGAAUUAACAUUGAUGAUAUGAGCAAAAAAAGAUGUUUUUAAAAAUUUUUUUAAGGUUAAAUCCUGUGUUGACAAGAAUGUGAUGAAUGUGGCCCAUUUAUACCUCAGUGAUGAAAGCAUAUUUUAUACCAACACCUCUUGGAAAACAGUUUGAUUCAGUAAGCAUUUGAGUGCAGCUGUGUAUCACAAAAUCGAAAGUAGGUUCUCGCUGUUAUUAUCUCAUAACAUUCCUUUUUCACCUAUCACAAUAUUUAUUUGGUUAUUGUCUUUCUACUUGAAUAGACUACAAGCUCCACUAGGGCAGAGGCACAUUUGUUUUGUUCACCAUUAUAUAAUGAGCACCUAAUGUAGUUUUUGUCAUGUAGUUGCUUAGUAGAUAUUAGCUGGAUGUAUGAAUAGAUGAAUAUUAGUUAUCAAGGAUAGAUUUUUUUCAGGAGCACACCUUCUAGUAGAGAACACAAACUUGAAAAUAAAUAGUACUGGUCUAUGUGAUAAGUGCUCUGAUAAAGUAAUGUAAGAAAGGCAUCUAACCUGAAUCUGAUAGUUAAGGAAGGUUUUCUAAGAUAAAGCUUGAGCUGAGUCUUUUUUAAAUGAUGGGAAGAAAAGAUUUUCCACCAAAAAAGAAGAGCAGUGUAUGCAAAGGCUGAAAGAUGGUCAGAUUAUAGGAUAUGAAUUUGAGAGAUGAGAAAGAAAGCUCCAGGACAGUAAACUGCAUGCCAUGCUAAAACAUUUGAAUUUUGUCCUUGGCAGUGUGGGGACAAAUAGUGGAUUUUGGUGAAAUAAAUAUCAUCAAAUAGGUGUUUGAAAAUCUCCUGUCAACAUUAGUCUAGAGAAUAGAGUGGAGCUGGGAAAGACUGCAGGGAGGAAGAAAAGUUGGAAAGGUGUUAUGUAGUAAUUGGAAAAUGGUAAGGCCCUGAAUUAAUAACAGUGGGGGUAGGUUCAAGUGAUAUGAGAAAAAAAUGACAGCUUUGUGAUGUGUUUGGUAGGAAGAAUCAAGUAUGACUUCCAGGUAAUGAUGGUGCUAUUCAUUGAGACAAUAGGAAAAGGAGUGUGGUUAGAGUAGGAAGAAAGUUCAGUAAAGAUAUUUAUUUACUUCAACCAUUUCUACUCCUUAGAUUUUGCAUGGAUGAUAUACUAGUUAUGAAUUGCUGUGUAGCAAAUUCACCUAUAGCAUAGCUACUUAAACAAUGAAUAUUUAUUAUCUGGUUUUUUGAUAUGGCUUAGCCGGGUACCUCUGGCUCAUGGUCUCAUGAGGUUCUAGUCAAGCUCUCAGCCAGGGUUGCGGUCAUUUGAAGGCCAGACUGGAGCUGGAGGGAGCACCUUCAAAGGUUCACUCACAUGGCUGUUGAAGGAAGGUCUCCGCUUCUCACUGGUUGGUGGCAGGAGGCUUCAAAUCCUUUACCACCUGUAUCUCUCCGUAUACAUGCUUGAGUGUCUUCACAACAUGGCACUUGGCUUACCCCAGAAUGAGCAAUCCAAGAGAGAGAGCAAAAAGGAAACCACAAUGUCUUUUAUCACCUAGUCUUGGAAUUCACACACUCAUUUCUCCCAUAUUCUUUUUGUUAGCAUUAAGUCACU